AACAAUUUCAUUUUCAAUAAUCAUCAUCACAAGCUAAAAUUAAAAAGAGGAUCUACUUUCCUGGUUCGUCGGGAUUGAGGGAAGAACUCUGGCGAUCAUCGUCUUGUGUAUGACCUUCUCCAUUUCCAUCAAAAAGCACUAGCAGUAUCGUUAUCAGGUUUACAUAUUCAACAAGAUGUCUGGCCAGACCCAGCGUUUGAAUGUCGUUCCAACUGUCACUGUGCUUGGAGUUGUCAAAGCUCGUCUUGUAGGCGCAACCAGAGGCCACGCUCUUCUCAAGAAGAAAAGCGAUGCUCUAACAGUUCAAUUUCGAGCUAUCCUUAAAAAAAUCGUCACAACAAAAGAAUCAAUGGGAACUGUAAUGAAAGCUUCCUCCUUUGCUUUAACUGAAGCCAAAUACGUUGCAGGAGAAAACAUCAAAUUCACUGUUAUUGAAAAUGUCAAAACCGCAACUCUCAGAGUCAAAUCACGCACAGAGAACAUUGCAGGUGUAAAGCUUCCUAAAUUCGACUACUUCACUGAAUCAGAAACAAAAAACGACUUAACUGGUUUAGCAAGAGGUGGGCAACAAGUUCAAGUAUGUAAAACUGCAUAUGUGAAAGCAAUUGAGGUUCUUGUUGAACUUGCAUCCCUUCAAACAUCUUUCUUGACACUCGAUGAAGCAAUCAAGACUACAAACCGUAGGGUCAAUGCUCUUGAGAGUGUGGUCAAACCAAGAUUAGAGAACACCAUAAGUUACAUCAAAGGAGAGCUUGAUGAAUUGGAAAGGGAAGAUUUCUUUAGGUUGAAAAAGAUUCAAGCUUAUAAAAAAAGGGAGAUUGAAAAUAAGAUGAAAGCUGCUGCUCAGUUUCGGGAGUUACAAGCUGCUGAACAUCUUUCUUUAGAACAAGGAAUCUCCAUUAAUGCUGCUCAUGACAUGCUUACUGUUGCCCAGAAAGAUGAAGACAUUAUCUUCUGAAACGGAGGUUAGUUUAUUUAUGUACUUUUAUCAUGUUUUAUAUGAAUUUCAUUUGUUAAAUGAGCUGUGUUUACUUUUUGAAUAAAAGCUUCAUGUGUGCAGCUAUAUAUUUGGUGUCAGUUUUCUUACAAUGUGGUUAACAUGACUUUAUUUUUCUUUUAUUUGUAUUAUGUUUGUUGUUUUUGUGGAUUUUGUUAAUUUAUCGAUUUUUUAAUCAUGCUAUUGUUUACUUUA